CCGCCGCCCACGCGGCGGUAGCGGCAGGCGGCCUUGCUGGUGCCUCCCUCCUCUGCCACCUCCACCCCUGCCUGCUCACUUGCCGGUGCCGUGGAGAAGGCGGCGGCAGCUUUGGCGGCUCCACUAUGGCGGCGGCGGGGAGGGGGGACAGUAGUUUUAAAGUAGACACCUGCCCUUGCCUCAGAGAAGAUGCCACCUGUGAUGGACAAGAUAGAUCUGCGUAUUUUGCAGGUGAUUUUUGUCAAGCAUGUGGAGUGGCACUGCAUCUUGAAUCAGAAAAAAAUUCACAUUAUGAGAGUGAAAUACAUGCUCAAAAUGUUAAGUUCUGUUUUCAAGUGCAUGUGGAACAAAACGAAGUGCCUGGUCGGAAAGUAAACAUGCAUGUUAGGAAUUCUCAGGUGUACAAAAGUGGAGAAGUCAACAGAAACAAAUUCAGUGGUUUUGACUCCUCAGCUGUUGCUCAAUCUCACUAUGUGGGAAAGAGCCAUACACAAAAUCAGAAGCAGUUAUUAUUGGAAGAACAGGAACGAGUAUCUCAAUCAGGAUGUCAACCAAAGAUGGAUAGACCCAAUCCUACUCCAGCAGCACCAUCCUUCCUGAAGUCUGUUAUUGUGAAGCCUCCUCCAGCAUAUACAAUGAGAAACUAUGUAUGCCAUAUCUGCAGAAUCACCUUUACAUCUUUACAUAUGUUCCGGUUCCAUAUGCAAGGAAGUGAACAUCAAAUUAAAGAAUUGCAUGUUAUCAGUCAAGUGAAAAAUUCAAAGAAGAUACAAGAAUCUUACCAAAGUGAAUGUGUAGAUUACGUCAAAGUGAAGAAAUCUAGAGAAUUGCAGUUCAAGGCUCAUUUCAGGAAGAUGGAGAAUAAUUACAUAGAAGCCCAUGGAUACAGAGAUAUGGUUUAUUCCAGAUCCAGACAUAAAAUGCUUGAACAAAAACUUCCACCUGAAAAUCUCUGGACACACCCAGGACCAUACAAUAAUUCUCAAGCAGUAGAAGAGCAGUUACCUCAUUGUUUACCAGCACAGUCAAAGACAUAUGAUUCUUUCCAGGAUGAACUUGAAGAUUACAUCAAAGGGCAGAAGGCCAGAGGACUCGAUCCCAAUAUUAGUUUUAGACAGGUGACAGAAAGCUAUAGGUAUAAGGAUCAUAGGAACAGAGAAAGGGUUGAUUCUGGACAUAGACAAAGGAUGUGUGAGGAAAGAUUUUCAUUUGAGAUGCCACAGACCCACCAGCAACAAUACAAUGGUUCACAAGUGGAGGGGCAGUUACCUCAAUGGUUACCACCUCACUUAAAGAGGAGAAAUGAUGAUUUCCAAGAUGAAUUUGAUGAUUAUAGCAUGCGGGAAUCUAGAGAAUUCAAGCUAAAGACUUCCUUUAGAAGAAUUGAUAGCUCUUUUGAAACCCACAGUUACAGAGAAAUGGUUGACAGAAGACCCAAGCACAGAAUAUUUGAGCAAAGACUCCCAUGUGAGACUUUUCAGACUUUCACAGAUCCAUGCAGCAGUGCACAAGCAGUAGAAAACAAUUUACCUCAUUGUUUCCCAGCUUAUGAGAGACAAAAAAGCCAAGAUUCUGAUAGCGUCUAUCAGCUUACCAGAGAUUAUUUCUCAGAAAAACCUGUUCCCCUGAGCCUUAGUCAGCAGGAAAAUAAUAUUGGCUCAUACUGUGUAGAAUACAAUGUUUACAAGCAGAUGCCCUCAAAUGACAGUUCUAGUGUGCAUGAAACAAGUCAUAAGAGGCGACAUCAGAAGAGAAGACGACAUGUGGGGGAAGGGAAAGAAAAGCCAGAAAAGGAACAGUCCAAGCGUAGAAGGAAAAAGAGCUAUCAGGAUAAAGAUUUAGACAAAGACAAGAGUAUCGAGCAAAAUAAAGGAGAGGAAGAGAAAGCUAGAGUAAGUUCUGAAAAAAUCAAGCAUCGAAAAAAGAAAAGAAAGCAUGAAACAACCUCAGAGAGAGAAGAACGAAAGCACAAGAAAGAGAAAAAGAAAUCUGUGGAAGAAAGAACAGAAGAGGAAAUCCUUUGGGAUGAGUCAAUUCUUGGGUUCUAAAAUUAUAGUAUACCCAAGAGGAGCUAAAAGAAAACAAUAUUGAUUUAGAUAAAGAAAGGAAUAAUCGAUGAAGUCAAGGAAACGUAGGUGCUGUAUCAGUUCAGAAAACCUUUGGGUUGUUUUGUUUGCAAAAAUUGAAAUUGACCAUAAGAAACAAUAUACAAGAUAUAUAAAUGAAGCCUUUAAAGAACUGUUUUGAAGUAAACCUACUCAAGGAUUUUGAGUUUUUAGUUUUACAUACAGAAGAGUGAAUCGAGAAAAUCAGUGUGAAAAAAAAUCUGAGGAAAUCAGUGGAGAAAAUUUAGGCAAAAUAAAGUACUUUAAAUGAAGAGAAGAAACUUCAAUUUGUGGGUUUCUCUCUUUCUGUGUGUGUGUGUGUGAAUGUGUGUGUAUAUGUGCAUACAAACAUAUAUGUAUGCAUGUGAAUAUGUAUAUGUGUAAUGUGUGUAUGUGUCCUCUGCUCUGCUUUUCUCCUCACUUUCCUCCUUUCUCUUUCUGUCACUCCCUCAUUUCAAAAUUUAUUGAAAGAAGAACCACAAAAUCUAAAUGUAGCUUUCAAAAAGCAAGAACAUAAUACUAAGAAUGAGAGAAGAAACCUGA